AUGGAGGAUGAGAAGAAGAAGAAGCGAAACAAGAAGAAGAAGAACAAACAGAACAAGGCAUCUGAAGAUGACGCUCCCGCCGUCGCCGCCGAUCAUGUCACCAAUGGGGUAAACGAUCAUAAGCCUACUAUUCAAAUCGCUGCAGUACCAAACGUCGACGCAAAUUCGGCUUCCGACGUCCACCGGGAUAAUGGAUUGGACGAGACUGCCCUGAAAGAGGAAAUCAGUCGACUGCAUGGGGAAAAUGAAUCACACUUACGAAAAGAGUCUGGCCUAGAAGAGAAGAUUAAGGAGCUGCAGGAUCAAAAUAAUGCACAUGUACAAAAACAGGCUUCCUUAGAAGGUGCAAUCAAAGCAUUGAUAAGUGCAAAUGACAUUUCCGUGAUUAAACAGGCAGAUUUUGAAGAAAAAAACAAGCAACUGAGUAUUGAAAAGGAUUCAUACAUGCAGAAAGAGACUGAUCUAGAGAUGAAAAUUGCACAGUUGCAACAUGAAAAAGAUUCGUGGCUUGAAAAGGAGUAUUCUUCAAAGGAAACAAUUGUGAAACAAAAUGUUGAUAUUACAAGACUGAAAAUGCAGGUGGUGGAAUUGGAAGAAAAUAAGAGUAAUCUGUUAAAAGAGAACCAAGUGCUGGUGGAAAGAAUAUCUGAUCUGCAGUCGAGGAUUCUGACUCUCGAUAAGAGCUUCUCCUCAGAAAACUCAUCAGAUCAACUUACAAAGAAUCCUCACGAGGAUGACAAGGUGAACUCACAGAUUGAAGCUGCUCUUGCACUUGUCGACAAGUUGAUCACAGAAAACGCAGAGCUUGUUGAGAAGGUGAAUGAGUUGUACGCUAAGCUGGACCAAAAAGGUGCUCAACUCGAUCAAUCUUCAGGCAUUGAAAGUGAUGGCAUUGUUGAGAAUACCGAAAUUCUUGGCACCUUGGCCUCCCCGGCCGAGUCAGUAAAGAAUAUCCCUGCUUUGAAUGGUGUGUUGGAUUCCAUUGAAAUGGGGAUGCCAGUUGUUCCGAUCACUGUCCCUUCAGAAGCUGACUCGGGGGAGAUCGUACAGAUCCCACUGGACGAAACCGAAGACGAGAACAAUUCGGAGGCCCCACAAGAUGUAGUGGGCGAUGACAGUGGUGAUGACAACACCCCAUUUUCAGAUGCACCACUAAUCGGUGCUCCAUUCCGAUUAAUCUCAUUUGUUGCUAGCUAUGUUAGUGGUGCUGAUUUAGUUAACAGAAGUUAA